AUGGAAGACCUAUUCUCAGGUAUCGUUUCCCUUUUCUCUCGUUCUUUAACUAAACCUUCAGAUCUGUCCUCCGUCAGUGACUGCGACGAAGAGUGUCUUCUGAAUCUUUCCACGAAAAAGUGCAAGUGCUUCUUCAUUCAAACUACUCACCCAGAAGUUGUAUUCGAAAUUCCGCCCGCUUAUGAACUGGAACUUCCGGAUGUGAAAAGUGUGAAACAGAAAACACUCGAGGAGAAAACCUGUGAAACUGAUUCGAAAGGGGACGAUCAAUAUGACAAAUGGGUGCAAACAGACACGAUCGAAAUGCAGGUAAGUCUUUGUUCAUUAUUAUCAUAGUUUUGCAUCCAUUAUGCAGUCGGAAGAAUGCUCCGUCGACUUGCCGCCCACAACCCGGGAGGCGACCUACUCGGAGAGUGCUCUGGAGCGUGUGCUCCGUCACAUCAGUGCUCACCUCCAUCGGGCUCAAUUGCAACAAUGGCUCGCCGAGCAGCCUGCUCGCAACGCUUCGUUAACAUUAAACCCGUCCAAACGCGCUCGAUCUAUGAGGCAGCUUAUAAUGAGGAAAAGGUAA